AUGAAGCUGUUUAAAGAGGACAGCAUCAAGAAAGUUGAGAAAGAAAUCGAGGCCCUUAAACAUCUGCGUGGGGGAACAAACAUCAUCGAAUUCAUCGACGCCGUGCAGGGCGAUAGGGUUGAACCCCCUCAGCGUGCGGACGUUAACGUUGGUGUGGUGCUUGAGUUCGUGGACAACAUAGACUUUCGAAGCUUGUACCCACGAUUCAAUGCCAUGGAUAUCCGAUACUACAUCCACGAACUCUUGAAAGCGUUGCAGUUUACGCACAGCCAUGGAGUGAUACAUUGCGACGUCCGACCUCACAACGUGGUUAUUGAUCACCCAAACCGAAAGUUACGCCUCAUCGGCUGGAGCUCGCACCGGUUCUAUGUGCCUGAAGAUGAAGACGAAGAGAUUUGCACGGGUCCUUUCAAGGCCCCAGAAGCUCUCUUCGAAUUUGGAUACUGGCAUUACAGGUUCGACAUGUGGGGUUUAGGAACCAUGCUGGCGUCAAUGAUCUUUAGAAAAGAGCCCUUCUUCCACGGCGCCAGCAUGCAGGAUCAGUUGAGAAAGAUUUCCCACAUUCUUGGGACAGAAAGCCUCAAUAACUACAUUGAAAAGUUUGGUUCGGAUUACUGGAGGCCGGUUGUUGAAGAGCUGGGCUAUUGUCCUCCGCGAGCCUGGCCUACCCUGGUCAAUGAGGACAAUCAACACUUUGUGAGCGACGAGGCACUCGAUCUUGUGGACAAACUGUUGAAGGUUGAUCCUGACGACAGGAUCACGACCGAGGAGGCUCUGAACCAUCCGUACUUUCAGGCUUUGAGCUAG